AUGGUAAGUGGAGCAAAACUUAUCCAUAGAUGUGUUCCUUUCACCAUUCAGAAAAUCUUAGUGAAGCUACCUCUGUAAGUCCUAAAUGAAAAGACCUUGAACUCACUGUAUGCGUGAUGUUGAAUGGUCGUCCAGCGUACUAGCUAAAUAUAUAGUAGCGGCAACUGGGCUAUAAUGCUUUCAAAAGAACCUAUCAUUUCCUUCGAAAUUUACUGUUGAACUGACAGCAACUUUCUCCACACCACUAGACAUGGACACAACCAGACAAUCAUAGAUAAAUACGCACCACUACAGAAACCACAAACCUCUAUAUCAAUACCACAGCCCAACAUGUCCUUUGAGAUUUCCAGGCCAUCCGAGCCAUCCAAAUCACCUAGAAGGAUUGUGCCACAUAAACCACUAGCAGAAACGCAUAUUUUUGACGAUGACGGAGACGUGACUCUGAUAUUCAAAAAGAAGAAGGAUAAGUAGAAGACGAGGAAUGAUAGGUUAGUAUUUUCACCACGUGUUUCUGUCUCCAGACUAACAGAUCUCCAGCCAUGUUGAGAAAGAAGACACAAAUGAUGACCAGUAAGAGGCUUCCAUAAAUAGCUCUUUGGGUGUACUUUGCUCAUUACUUCUAGAUCUCAGAAUUCCGAUAGUUCCCCUGAUUCCGAUUAUGAGUAUAUGUCUUCAGAGUAAGUAAAUCAACUGUAUUGGACACCUCGUGUUCUGACAAGUCUCAGGGAAUCUGGAGAUGAGAGCGAAAGUGGCGAAGAGAAUGAUAAUCACGAACGAGAAUCCCCUCCCUCAAAAGACCCCCGCGAAGCCCCACCUAGGGUAGAGUUUGUAGGGAUUCAGAUGAUCGUUUCCUUAAAGCACCUAAGACUUGCGUCUCCUGUUUUCAAAGCAAGGUUGAAGCCGGGAUUUCGAGAGGGUGACGCGCUUCGUAACAACGGAUACACUGAGAUAUACUUCCCAGAUGACGAUCCGGGAGCAUUCUACAUAGUGAUGGCAAUAUUGCAUGCCUACGCCGGCGACAUUCCCUGGGAUUUGGAGAUCCAAGAGCUAUUUGAAUUGGCAAUUGUGGUCGACAAAUACAAGCUUCUUGAAGCUGUCGCAUGA